GAAGGAAUAAUAUAUGAAGACAAAACUGCCAAAUGAAUGAAUACAAAACUAAAAAAAAAUAGGGAUGUUAUAAAUCCACUAAUGUUUAAAACGGAAGUAAUUUCAUUUAAUAUGAUUCUAUAUAGGGUAGAAAAAAUGCUAACACCCCUUUUUGACUAGCAAUCUCAUAUAGUCACAAGCAAUCUCGUAUAUGGUAGAGACUAGAGAGAGAGAGAGGGAGAAAAAGGAUUACAUAGAUCUCAGCAAUCUCAUGGCCAACAUUCUCCGGCGACCUGAUCUCCUUUUAACGGUGGCCGCCGUGUUAUUCUCAACCGUUCCGGCUUCAAACUCUAUUCCAUUUAUAUUGUUCCACGGAAUUGGAGAUAAAUGCUCUGGUGGAGUUGGUAACUUCACGCAACUCGUAAGCAACCUCUCCGGCUCUCCUGGCUCUUGCUUAGAAAUAGGAAACGGAGAAAUAGACACAUGGUUCAUGCCACUAAUGCACCAAGCGAAUGAAGCGUGUGAGAAAGUUAAAAUGAUGAAAGAGCUGAGUCAAGGUUACAACAUUGUUGCUCAGUCUCAAGGCAACUUAGUAGCUAGAGGUCUAAUCGAGUUCUGCGACGAUGCUCCUCCUGUCAUCAACUAUGUUUCCUUAGGAGGACCUCAUGCUGGCAUCGCCGCUAUCCCCAAGUGCUCUUCUGGUCCAUUCUGCGAUAUUGCAGAAGCUUUGAUGAAGUUAGAGAUCUACAACGACUUCGUUCAAGAUCAUAUUGCUCCUAGUGGUUAUGUCAAGAUCCCUGGUGAAAUGACAAAGUAUUUGGAUCACUCCAAGUAUCUACCAAAGCUGAACAAUGAGAGACCUGACCAAAGAAACUCCACUUUCAAAAACCGUUUCAUGAGCUUACAUAACUUGGUUCUUGUCAUGAUGAUGGCUUCGAUUCUCUUUUGUCAACUCAACAGACAAAACUAUACACAGAAGACUGGAUCGGUCUGAAAGCACUGGAUGACGUAGGAAAAGUGAAGUAUGUGACUGUCUCAGGGGACCACCUUAUGAUAGCGUAUAAUGACGUUGUGAAAUACGUUGUGCCUUACUUGAUGGCUUGAUGCACACAAGUUCGUAAAAUCUUUAACAUGUGACUCUCACUGUCAUUUUAUAAGAAAACAUAUUUGAUCCCAAA